AUGAUCCCUCCGGACUCGGACGAUUCACCAUUGAGGACCCCUGGUACUAGCUUUCCUUUAGGCCAGGAGGAUUCUACAGCUCUUCUAGACGAUUUUGAUACUCAAAGCCAUGCAAGCUCCCGCGACCUCGGUAGCACACAAACCGCUGACCCCGCGAGGGGUCCCGACAACGGUGCGCUAGACGGCCACCAUGAUGCCACUACCCGUGAUGAUGCGGGCGGGGGCCCCAACUCCGCUACCGCCGACAUGGACGACAAGCCCUCGUGGAGCGAAAUGAAAACUAAAGCUGGAAAGGAGCGGAAGCGACUACCGCUGGCCUGUAUCGCAUGUCGCCGCAAGAAGAUCCGCUGUUCAGGCGAAAAGCCUGCGUGCAAGCACUGCACGCGCUCACGCAUUCCCUGCGUAUAUAAAGUUACCACUCGAAAAGCUGCACCACGGACGGAUUAUAUGGCUAUGCUGGAUAAGCGACUCAAACGAAUGGAAGAUCGCGUGAUCAAAACGAUUCCCAAGGACGAAAAGAGGGAUAUGGCGUCUAUCGGCAGAUCGGUUGUCAAGCCCUCUACACAGGGUCAACCUUCCAAACAGAAAAAACGGAGCGCAGAUGAGGCAUUCGCUGCAGAAUUGGAAGAGUGGACUCAUGGAGAUCGGCGCCCACCACAUGAGACAUUCCCUAUGAAUCGCGAAAUCAAGUCCACAGAUGGAUCGGGACUUCUCACCGAGGGUGCAGAGUUCCUACCUUCACUGGAAAUACAGGAACAUUUAGCGGAGGUCUUCUUCGACUGUGUCUAUGGCCAGUCAUAUCUCCUUUUGCACAAGCCUAGCUUCAUGCGGAGGCUCAAAGCUGGUACAGUUCCCCCGGUACUGAUUCUGGCAGUUUGUGCGGUUUCAGCUCGAUUUUCAACACAUCCCCAACUCAAUUCGGAGCCUCCUUUUCUGCGCGGUGAGAACUGGGCCAAUCCAGCUGCGGCUAUUGCGCUCAGUCGACAUGACGAACCAAAUAUCACGAUUUUGACAGUAUUCCUCUUGUUGGGACUACAUGAGUUUGGAACCUGCCAUGGUGGACGAAGUUGGUCCUUUGGAGGACAGGCAUUAAGGAUGGCAUACGCCUUGCAGCUGCAUCAAGAGCUCGAACGUGAUCCAUUACUCGGUCAGGGCAACAGCAAUUCGCAGUUGAGCUUUACAGAUCGAGAAAUCCGACGACGUACCAUGUGGGCAUGUUUUUUGAUGGAUCGAUACAACUCUUCCGGCAGUCAACGUCCGCCUAUUGGGAACGAGAAGUUUCUACACAUUCAACUGCCCAUCAAGGAAACCCACUUCCAAAUGGAGAUACCAGGUCCUACGGAAGAUUUAGACGGAGAUAUAUUGAAUCCCACACCUGAUGACUCUGGGCAACUGUCCAAUGCUAGAGAUAAUAUGGGAGUCUCUGCAUAUAUCAUUCGUGCCAUAGUCAUCUGGGGUCGUCUUGUUGAUUAUCUAAAUCUUGGUGGGAAGAGAAAAGACACCCAUCCACUGUGGCAUCCAGAGUCUGGUUACACACGGCUGAAACGACAAAUUGAGGAGUUCUCGGCUUCACUGCCCGCUUCCCUUACUUUUACAUACGAGAAUCUCCAGAUUCAUGCUGCCGAGAAGAUUGCAAAUCAGUUUCUGUUUCUGCAUAUCAUCAUACAUCAGAACAUGUUGUUCCUGAACCAGUUCGCCAUCCCUUUGUCGCCAGGAGGACGGCCACCCAGAGAUAUGCCCAAGCCCUUCUUAAGCAAUGCUGGUCGAGCUGCUGUUGAGGCUGCCCAUCACAUCUCCGUGCUUUUCGAUCGAGCAUCCGCCUAUCCACUCACUGUUCCCUUUGCUGGCUAUUGUGCAUAUACAGCCAGUACCGUCCACAUUUGGGGUAUAUUUUCGAAGAAUGUUCAGCUCGAGGCUCGCUCAAAGGAGAAUCUUCGCCACACUUACCGUUAUCUUAAUAAGAUGAAGAAGUAUUGGGGAAUGUUUCACUAUAUGGUCGAGAGUGCCAAGGAUCGGUACCGACAAUUUGCGGAUGUCGCUAUCAAAGGAUCUGUGGCAACGCAGAAUGGCAACUCACUUGCGCCGAUGUUCCAAUAUGGCGACUGGUUUGCCAAAUACCCCCACGGUGUUUCAAGGUUGCACUGGGAAGAUCCGGAUACCCGACACAAGGAGACAGGCGAGGAUGCCGUGAUGGGCCAGAAGCCGGAUCUUCAAAGCGUCGAAGAUUUCUUCGCCAGCCUUUCACCAACGCCCCAGCCAGUUCUCCCUCGCAAAAUGCGCUCACGCAAGAAUAGUAAGCUGUCAGACAGCACCUCCAGUGUGGAUCAAACGUCUCCUUCACAGUCAAUGGAAGUCACCAUGGGUAAUACACCAGGUAUUCCCGGAAGUGCAUUCCCUCAACCAUCCAUGUACUCACAAAAUCGGGGCAUGUCCUUCGGCCAAUUCGACUUCAAUAUUGCACCAGAUCAGCUACCCCAACUUGACCGGCAAUUUGUAUAUGGCUCAUUUUCCGAAUUUGACCCCACCAACUUCAUGCCUCCGAACAACCCAUCCAUCCCUCAACCGGUGAACGGAGUUGAAGCCCCGAAUGCAGACCAGUCCCUCUUCACAGGUCAGCUUGAUCCAGGCGCUCCCUCUGGGACCGGUGAAUUCUAUCAGCCCAGUGCGUGGUUCCUACCGUUCAAUCUAGACCCUCUCGGUGGUAGCAUGGGCGGCCCACCUACCGGGAGCGCACAACCUCCGGGUCCUCCUCCAGGCGCCGUUUCAGGUGGCGCUCCUGGCAAUGGGUCCGCGCCUGUUGCCGAUAUGUCUGCUUUUGGCGGAACUGGAAGUCUUCCCUUAAGUGCCUACGAUCUAGGUCUAGGUGGACCAGAUAUGGGUCAAGACUCACGUCAUGUGUAG